UAAAACUAAGUACUAUAAGCACAACCUAAACAUGAUUUUUAAACGAUAUAAUGUACGACCUGCUGCCUACCGUAUAUAUAACAAAUACCUUUCAAUGAGGGGUUUCAGAAGGCGCAGGACAAAAGCGUUUAGAUUGCAAAAAAUCUUAAAUCAUCUUUUGAGUGAGGAGGGCAAUUUGAUUAACAGAAUCCAAAAGAUGUCCAAGCAUAAAACCCGGGCCAUUUUGGCUGAAUCCAUUAAAUUGAUACAGCAAAAAAAUCGUGAACUUCAAACAAAUUAUCGGCAAGAUGAAAAGAAUGAAAAAAGACUGAAGAAACUAUUACGAAAAUUAAACUAUCAUAAAAAACAAAGCUUAUUUCUCAAAAAAAUGUUAAGUUAUCUGAAAAUGCAAAUUAAUGAUCACGAUUGCAGUCAAACAACUAAACUUAAUAUGGGAGAAAUGUUAAGGUCUCAACUAAGAGUAAUGAAAAAUCGAACCAUAGGCAACAUAAAAGAAGCCCAAGAAUGUAUUUAUGUUGCAAGGAGUUUAUGGGCAAGCCAUUUACGAUAUAUGAGAAGAAGUAGGUCUUGGAGACGCAAACCAAAAUAUUCAUUUAAUAAAUCCAUAUGGAUGUUCUUAAACUCACUAAAAUUUCAAACGAAUGUCAAAACAACAAAGGAUAAGGACAACAACAAAAACGUUUUGCAUUCAAAAGGACCCUACACGGUGACUAGAAAAUUGAAUUUUUUCGCUUCGGGAGAAGAUAUAAAUGUAAAGUCAAGUAGAAAACAUAUUCAUAGACGACGCAUUGUGCGGCCAAAACAAUUAAACCCAAUAAACUUUGAUUUAUUGAAGGAUCCAAAUGAAGUUUCUCAAAAAAGAAGCAUUCAUAACUUACCAGCAUCAAGGCUAAAGGUUAAAGUUUAUCCCCGAAAAAAGAUUGAAACAUACAAUGCAGCGGAUGAAGAAAUAUCACCUUACACAGAUUUAACACAAGCGAAAAUCGCAUUUGGCGAUAAAACAUUCAAUAAAGAAGAAAACCAGGAGGAAACCUGGAGCAGGCCACAUUAUAUCGACUCAAAAAUAAUUAUAGGUAGAGACCUAAAGAGGUCGAAAAAUAAGAAAGCAUCGGAAUUGAGAAAGAAGUUCGCGUUAAAAAAUACAUUUCCAAAUUUAAAAAUGCGUCUUGGAAAGCUUAGAAGAGUUCGAAAAAACAAUGCAGCGAUUGAAGACGAGUCCUUGGAAAAGGAUACCUUUCCGAAUUUGAAAAUGGGACUUGGAAAAAUGCGACGAAAAAGAGUUCGAAAAAACAAUGCAGCGACUGAAGACGGAUCCUUGGAAAAUGAUACAUUUCCAACUAUGAAAAUGCGACUUAGGAAGCACAGAAAACUCCGAAAAGACUAUGCAGCGAUUGAAGACGAGUCCUUGCAAAAGAAUACUUUUCAAAAUUUGGAAACGCCGCAUAGAAAGCAUAGAAGAUUCCGAAAAAACAAUGCAGCGAUUGAAGACGAGUCCUCGCAAAAGGAUACAUUUUCAAAUUUGGAAAAUGGAAAGCAUGGAAAGCACAGAAGAGUCAGAAAAAGCCAUACAGAAGAAGAAAACGGUUCAUUGCAAAAGGUUCAAUCAGAAGAAAGAGGGGAGAGUCAGGCAAAGAAUGAUUUUAAAAGGUUUUCAAAAUCUUCAACCAUUAAAAAAAUACAACAUUUCUCGACAUACGAAAAAUUGAAAUCUGCUUACCGAACGGAAAGUUUAAAACCCACGGGACAUAGUUUAGUUUUAAAUAAAAAAUAUAAAUCCGAUGAAAGCCUAGCCAAGCAGAUGUCUAUGUCAAAAUAUUUCGACAUAAAAACCAACUUGAAUCCUGUAAGCCCAUCUCAUUUAUCACAAACAAGCUCCGUUUCAGUAGGAAAACUAAAAGUAAAUUCCGCACUUUUGCCAAAACCCUCUGUGAGAUCACUGGAUGGCGUAUCCCAACCACCCUUGUCAUCAAUGGCUACAACGAUUAUCAAUCUUUUGUUCGAAGAUAAGCCAGUUGCUUCGGAUAAACCAAGAACACAUCAAAAAACAAUAGACCUUACAAAAAUGUCAUUAAACACUUUUUUGGGAACGAUAUCUAGGAUGAAGCCCUCGGAUCAGGCAAAUGCGGUUUGGAACGAUUUGCAGGGGAAAUAUAAAGAGUGGUUGUCGAAUGUUAUAAUGCCCGAGGAUGCUCAGAAAUGCAAGAAAAUUCUCAAAUGGCGCUAUAUUCACAAUAUGCAAAAGGUCUUACACAAUCAUGUUAAGCAGUUUAAGAUCGAUUAUGACGGUGGGCGAUCAGAAACCGGUUCCAGAAAGUCUAUAAUGUCAAGUAGGGCAUUUCGAUCCAGUUACAUAGUACCAACUAACUCUGGAUCUCUAGGCGUUCCCAAAAAGAUAUCUAGCACAGACAUUUCCCCGAUCAGACGAAUGCAUGACACCCUUCUGCGAUUGCAAAUGGAAACGUUGAGGUCAAGGGCCUUUGACAAGGAUGUGGAGGAAAUGGAACGCAUGAUCAUGGGUAGACAGGUACCCAUGGGUGCGGAAGAAAUGGAAAUCUAUAAGAAAUAUAAAUCUGAUCCUCAGCACUACAACAUACUGAUACUAACGUCCGGCAAACCCAUUACGGAUGAAAAGUAUGAGGAAAUGUUGCCGAUUCUGGAGAAAAAUUUUCAAUUUAUAAACGAACAAUUAAUGAUACUUUCCAGGGAAAAGCGGGUUCAGGAAAUGAAAUUCCGAAACGAAAUACAAAGAACGGAAGAAGAAGUAAUGUCAAAAGUUUCCGGCGAAAGCUGCCAUAUGGAUCGCACAGAUUUAAAUGAAGCAUAUCUGGAGGCAAGGAGAAAAAUUUGGGCAGCCUACAUUGCCAAACAGGACAAGACUCCUACAGAGAUUCUGUUGGCCCAAGUACGGUAUAAGAAACGAAUGGAGCAGCUGGCCAGAAAACGUGAGGAGCGCGAGCAGCGAUGCCUGCAGGAGCAGCGGCUUCACAAGAAAAGAAGAUCACUUAGUGAUCUAUUUCGAGCUCCAAGGCGAACGAACCGCGAGCGACAAGCCAUCGAGGACAUCAAGCUGGAGGGCAGGAAAUCUAAAUGCUCGCUAACGUCAUUUUGUUGCCGACAGUGUAGCAGGUGCGGCUUGAUCUGGACACAUAAGUGCUCCGAAGGAUCCGACGAUACUUCAGCAGAACACAUCUGUCAAAAUGUAAAAACAAGGUAGGUCUUAGGAUUUGAACAAAUUCCUUGGGCAAGUCUUUUUUCGUGGUGGUACAGAAAUCUCCUUCCAUCAAAUUCUAACCAAAAGUUUUUAUGAAUUUUGUAGAAAGCGAUUUUUCUACCACCAAUGAAAAUGGAAAUUUUGAAUGUGUGAGGUAU